AUGGGGGAUAAAUUGACCACAGUAGUGGGGUUGGAAAAAAAAAUUUUCAAACUACCGGUAAGUUAUUAUUCCCACUUUUUCUAGUAUGCAGCAUUAAAAGUGUAGUAGUGAGUGCCAGGAAUGAAUUGAAAAUGAUUCCAAUAAUGCAAUUCAUUUCCAUGUAAAAAGAAAGGGCUUAGAGUGCCCGUUAGAGUGUAACCAGUUCGACCUUCGCUUAUUUGAAACUCAUGUCUAAGGCGUGCUAAUCUUAAUUUUAUUGUGGCUAUCGAAACAACAAAUUUGACGAGUCAGUGACCGCCUGACAAAAAAGAUAAACUAUUUGUGGUUGUUAAAUCGAUAACUGUUUUUUUUUUUCGAUCGACAGGAAAUGACGAAGGAAAAGAUGUUCAGAUCCUUGUUUCUCCUUCCAGUUUUUCUCCUGCUGUUCACUGUUUUCAUAGCUGGCGCACAAGGUAAGUCGCUUUCAGACAAUGCAGUUGACGAAUUAUUCCUGCUCGCAAAUGUUGCUUAUUUCAUUACUCCUGGAGUAAUUAUUAUUGCUCCGUUUAAAAACAUCUUAUUCCAAACAGUACGAUUUCUUGACCAAUUUCAGAAACAGUACACUCUUUCGGCAAACUUUAGCUUUCCCCGGGUUAACGAAAAUUUCUGGACUCGGGCAACUGAUUUAAACUAAGAUUAUGUUAACCUAUAUGACGAUAAUCCGUGAUUAGAUUAUGGUCACACUUUGCCACUUUUCACGACACUUUUAAAGGGACGGUCCACAGGGAAACCGAUAGGGGAUAAGUAUGCACGAUAUUUUUUUUUGUGUUGACCAAUUUGACGAUAAUCCGUGAUUGGAUUAUAUAUGGUUAACUUUCGAACUACAGCUGGGUGAAGUCUUAGUCAGUUUAGUUGUUCGUGAAUUAAAAUUUUCUGUAACUGACUGUUCAAUACCGAAUAAAAAAUUUUCCCAAAAAGGAAGAUGUUAGGAUCCGGAGAGUGUAACAGCCACUCAUUCAUGAUCUUUUCUGAAGGAAAUCGUUAUUCCAUUAUUCCUACCCCAAAAAGGUGAUUCAGUUAUUCUGUUAUUCUACCUACAAGUAAACCAAGAUGCACCCACUUUUGAAUUUUUUUCCUAAAUUGGCGACUUCCCAUUAUAAAUAAUGCGAUCACGCUUCAAAUGAAUUUUGAAUUUUUCAAUUCUACGAAAUCUACGCUGUCAAUUGUCAUUCAAUAGUUUGUUCGCGUACGUCGUUCUCGGAUAAAUAGGCUCUUGCAGCAAGGUCGACCGAACACUAUCUAAUGAACCGCUGUUUUUUUGCGAUAAUGCAUUUCUGAUCAACUUGAAAAUCGAAUUUUUCACAGUUUUCGAUGAAGGAACGCCUUAAGUUCCCUUUACUUCGUGGACUUUGCACUGACUCCUCCGUUCCACCAACCUUGUCGAACAAUUCAUGACAUGGUGUAAAGGGUAAGAACAAUGUGCCUUGCAAUCCAAUAAAAUAUAGAGAUCUUAUCUUCAAAAGGAAAGGCAAGAGCUUUCUCUAUAGCCCCGCAUCUGACAUUCCUAGAUGUAGUAGCUUGUUCUACUGGCCCCGGUUGUUUGGUUGUUACGUUCCAGAGAGUGAUUGUAAGUUUAGGGCGCAUGGUAAUCAUAAAUUAAUUAAAGCUAACAAAUGUCCUACAUGUUCUUAGGACCCUUAUUCACAAGCCAAAAUAGAUCACUUGUUCACAUUCCUAGUUUUGCCGCAUUUUAUCUAUGGUUUACCCGUUUAUGGAGCAUGUGAACCUGAUCUUAAUAUUAUACAGACUUUGCUAAAUAGAUGUCAUAAGGGCCAUUUUAUUUCUUUCCCUGUUUCAAUUUAGGAUCACUUAGAGAAGUAAGUCUGUCCCUAAAGGUCCCAAAGGAGUCCUCACGUUUGAGUCCCUAAAUAGACAAAAUUUUUCCUAAUAGUCCAACUGUUCCCAACAAAGCCGCUUUCUGGAUCACUUCAAGUCUGAUGGUAACUUUAAGCUUUCCCGUGUAUUUCCCAAACAUAACGGAUACAGCUCUCAAUGCUCCAACACAAUUGGCCCAACCGUCACUUUCUUCAGCUUCAACAACUUUCCUAUUUCUUUUCAAAGAAAUUGGUACUUCUCUAUCUUCUCCAGUUCUUUGUCUUCUACUCGUGUAUCUCCAGGGAUAGCGAUGUUUAUGAUCUUAGCCACUUUUGUCUGCAUAUCAACGAAGAUGAUGUCCGGUCUUCUAGCUUCAACCAUCCUAUCACACUGUACACUGAAAUCCCACAGAACUUGUGUUUUCUACCACUUGCUCUGGAGUGUGUUUGUACCACUGAUAUGCCCAUUCCAGUUCGGCCUUCCCACACAGUUGCAAUGCACAUACCGCGCCACGCUGUCAUGUCGCCUCUUGUAAUCAAACAUUGGGCUAACAUGCUGCAUUCACUUUCUCUCUGCACAUCCUACACAUAG